AAACGCGUAAACAACGAGCAUAAUCGGCCACUCAAACAACACAAGGGAAGUAGCACAUCUGUACCGAAAAACUAUACAGUCAUGCGGCCCCCGAGAGGUGGCGGAGGGUUCAGGGGUGGCCGUGAUGGUGGAGGAGGGUUCAGGGGUGGCCGUGACGGUGGACGAGGUGGCGGAUUUAGAGGAGGCCGGGGGUUUGGUGGUCGCGGAGGUGGACGUGGUGGUGGCGGUGGUGGUUGGCGUGAUGAAGGCCCUCCCGCAGAAGUUGUUGAGAUUUCUAGUUUUCUUCAUGCGUGUGAAGGUGACGCAGUUACAAAGCUUACCAAUGAGAAAAUACCUUUCUUUAAUGCCCCAAUCUAUCUUCAGAACAAGACCCCGAUUGGCAAAGUUGAUGAAAUCUUUGGUCCUAUCAAUGAGUCUUUAUUUUCUGUUAAAAUGAGUGAAGGCAUUGUGGCAACUUCAUAUCAACAAGGUGAUAAGUUCUACAUUGACCCAGCAAAGCUUUUGCCUCUUGCAAGAUUUCUGCCUCAACCAAAGGGACAAUUUCAAGCUGGUGGAAGAGGCGGUCGUGGUGGAGGCAGAGGCGGUGGUAGAGGCGGUGGCCGUGGCGGUUUUCGUGGAAGAGGUGGCCCGAGGGGUGGUAGAGGUCCUCCUAGGGGUGGCCGUGGUGGUGGAUUUAGAGGCAGAGGAAGGUCAUAGAUCAAUGUCAUGUAAUGUUUUGAACGAUGUGUUUCUCCUGUAAUUUCUUUUCCAAUGGCAAUGUGCACACAAUAAUUCAAAUUUGAUUGCUGAUCUCUGUUGAAACUUAUGGCUGUUAGUUUGCCAAUUUUUAUUUGCUCAAUUAUGUUAUUCCCAAUUGUGGUUUGCUUUGGAUUGGAUCAUGGACAUCUUAUGAGAUUUGGCUAGCUUCCUAAAAUGAUCA